UGAAGUUUGUUGUGGUCGUCAUAUAUGUACUAAUUACAGCAAGGAACAUUCUGUCAGACACGUUGCACCUGCAAGCGAGUGUCCGAGGGGAGGCAGAGCUACCGUGCACGCUCCCCAAUCAACAAAAUGUUUCAAGUGAAGACUACGUGAUGUAUAUACAAAAAAUGAACUCUGUGGUGUUUGAACUGUAUAAAGGGAAAGAGAAAUCAGAGCAUCAAGACAAACAGUUUACCAACCGUACCUGGCUGGAUGCAGCAGGAGGAUCUGUCUGGCUCAAAGAUAUCAGGACAGCAGAUGAAGGAGUGUACGAUUGCUUCAUUCUAAGAUCAGGACCUGUUCUGAGCUCACAAAUUGAGUUAAGUGUUGUUGCUGACUUCAGUGUUCCAGUUAUAUCUCUGUCACCCACGGGCCCUGUUAACUAUGGAGAUGUAGUGAACUUAACCUGCACAUCCAACAACGGUUAUCCAAAUGCAUCGUUACAUUGGAUUGUGAAUAUCGAAAACCUCAUUGUGCAAGAUGAUUAUUUCAGUGUUACAUCUGAUUGGAUCCAAGACCCUGAAACAAAACUGUUCAAUCUUACCAGUGUUUUAAAUAUCAACGUCACAACCGAUGUAAUGAUACUCUGUUCUCUAUACAACAGCACUCUGAACAGCAGUUUAAUAUCUUUAGAAUUAAGGGAUAUUGAACACACUUCCUCUCAUGUUUUCGGAGUUGUUGCAGUGAUGACUGUGAUUGUGCUUGUUAUUGUGGUGGUGCUCAUAAAGACGAAAUGUCCAUAGAAAGGAGUGAAAAGAAAUGAAGAUUGUGACUGUUUGCCUUAUUACUGGGUAUCAAGUCCCUGCACAACAAGAGGA